AUGCCCCGCGCAGUGAGAGGAGUCCUUAUCGAAUGCGAUCCCUCCGUCAAAGCGAUCAUCCUGAAAUACGACGAAGAAAGACACGACUAUAUCGUGGAAGAUCUCGACGAUGACAGACACCUCGUCAUCAAGGAGAGUCAGCUCGAGAAUCUGAAAUAUCGGCUUGGAAAGGAACUCGAUGAUAAGGUCAUGCAGCCAAAUGAAUCGGAAUCGGAAUAA